CUCAAUGGAAAACCAAUUAAUACUUUUGACGUUUCCAUUGAGCUUUCAUCUUUAGUAAAGAGCUUCAAUGGCGGCAACAGUUCAUCUUCAGAUGCUUUCUUAAUUAUGGAGCAACUAACCUCCAACAACAUUCUUAAUCUUGCUUGAAUCUCCCCAACGCUCUGCAGGGUUUCCUGAGUCCCGCCAUUGCUGGAAUCUCUGCUCUAGUGGCUCGCAAUUGAGGUUUCCUUCCUUGGAUUGCGUCCUCGUAGGAUGAUUUAUGGCAAAUAUUGGUGAAGAUGAGGUUGAAUGGAUAGAAAGAGUGAGAUCAGGAGGGACUAUACCACUUCGUGGUGUAGAUGGUAACUACUCAAAUUGUUGGAGUUCUCCACAUGGAGACAAGUUCCUAGUGAGAGGUCCAGAGUACUUUUCAACAAAGGAAAAAGUUCCUGCAGGCGAAUCACUUCUAAAACCUCUUGGUUUUGACUGGAUAAGAAGCUCUGCAAAGAUUGGAGAGAUCUUAAGCCAUCCGAACAGCCGUGUCCAGAAGGUCAUUAAGGAUUCAUUUCCUACAGGUCCAAGGCCUUUUAUCUGGGCAUUUAAUCUACAACUUCCAAGCAAAGAGAACUACAAUCUUGUUUCUUAUUUUGCAUCAAUAGAGCCCCUUCCCAAAGGCUCUUUAAUCGACCAGUUUCUAAAAGGCGAUGACCACUUCAGAAACUCAAGGCUUAAACUAAUUGCUGAUAUUGUCGAUGGCCCUUGGAUUGUCAAAAAGGCUGUCGGCGAGCAAGCAAUCUGCGUGGUUGGGCGUGUUCUUUCGUGUAAAUACAUCGUAGGGGACAACUUUUUUGAAGUUGAUAUCGACGUGGCAUCGAAUAUCAUGGCAAAGGCCGUGUUUCAUCUGGUGUUUGGUUACUUCACAACUAUAACAGCUGAUAUAGCCUUUCUUAUUGAAGGAAAAACAAAGAUGGAGGUUCCUGAAAGACUUUUAGGGUGUUUUAGGUUCUCUGAGCUGAACCCUUCUUCAGCCAUGCCAAUGGAACCUUCUAAUUCCAGGGAGAGUGAUGCUACUACCACUAAUUUGCAAACUUCUAUGGCUACAAGACUUUGGAAAUCAAUGCGCUAAGCUUAAAAUCUUGUGCGUGUAAAAGUGGUGAUAACGUGGAAAUGCUACAAUUUAAAUCACAUUGUGACCAUGUAAGAUAUUAAAAUUAUGAGUUCCAACAAAUAGGAGACGUUUUAUGUCAUAUUUAUUAUUUUGAGUUUUUCUGA